AUGGAAGCUACGACCACCACCACCACCAUCACCAGUUCGAUUGGCACCGGAUCAACGUUGCCUUUCUUCCACGUCAAGACGGAGCCGGGUGAGCCGGCCGGUUCGGUCGGACAGGACCGGCCGCCGGAACUCGAUGGGAUCGCGGCGGUGGUGGGGUACCACGUGCUCUUCGGGAGGCCGCAGUCGGAUUCGUGCACGAGGUCUGCGUCGGCUGCCGGUGCCGAGGGGACCGGGGUCAGUGCGGCCACGCGGACGAGCUACAGGGGCGUCAGGAAGCGGCCGUGGGGGCGGUGGUCGGCGGAGAUACGCGACCGGGUGGGGCGGUGCCGGCACUGGCUGGGGACAUUCGACACGGCCGAGGAGGCUGCGCGGGCAUACGACGCCGCGGCCCGGCGGUUGAGGGGGUCCAAGGCCCGCACCAACUUCACCAUUCCUUCCUCCUCUUACAUCCCGACGCCCAUCUCUACUGCUCCGUCCUCCUCUUCAUCCUCCGCUGCUGCCGCAAUGAUCUCAUGUCCUAGUGCAACUCGUAGCAGAAAGACGAACGUCGCCGGUGCCGGUAUACCGAUGAAGACCAGGAGGAAGAGGAGACAGGGAGAUGAGAAGGAUGAGAGCAAGAGAAGGUGCAAAACCGUGACCAGAUUCGCGCAGCUGUUUAACUCAUCUCCUGCAGUUGCUCACGUCGAUGGUGGUGGACAACCUUCGACUUGGGACGACCCUAAAUGA